CACUUCCGGUCCCGGGAAGGGAACGUGUCCCUGGGUUGAGGCCGGGGCCGGAAGCGGGCGUCGUGCGGCUUGGCUGAUGGAGGCGCAGAACGGGAGCGGGGCGGCGGAGGGCUCUUCGGCGGCGGAGGCCCGCCCGGCGGCCACCCCGGAGGGCAUGGCUCUGGCCUACGCCAGCCUGGUGCUCAUGGCCCUCCUGCCCAUCUUCUUCGGGGCCCUGCGCUCCGUCUCCUGCGCCAAGGGCAAGAAUGCUUCAGACAUGCCAGAGACGAUUACCAGCAGAGAUGCUGCCCGCUUUCCUAUUGUUGCCAGUUGCACCCUCCUAGGCCUUUACCUCUUCUUCAAGAUUUUCUCUCAAGAAUAUAUCAACCUCCUCCUCUCCAUGUAUUUCUUUGUCCUGGGAAUCCUUGCUCUUUCCCACACCAUAAGCCCCGUGAUGAACAAAUUCUUCCCUGCCAAUUUCCCCAACAAACAGUACCAGCUCCUCUUCACUCAGGGCUCUGGGGAAACAAAGGAAGAAGCUGUUAACGAUGACAACGGCGUGGUGGCUUUUGUUGCAGAGAUUGUGAACUACGAGUUCGACACCAAGGACCUGGUCUGCCUGGCCAUGAGCAGUGUGGUGGGCGUCUGGUACCUGCUGCGGAAGCAUUGGAUUGCCAACAACCUCUUUGGCCUGGCCUUCUCUCUUAACGGCGUGGAGCUUCUCCACUUGAACAACGUCAGCACCGGUUGCAUCCUUCUUGGUGGCCUUUUCGUCUACGACAUCUUUUGGGUCUUUGGCACCAACGUGAUGGUGACCGUUGCAAAGUCGUUUGAGGCUCCCAUCAAACUGGUUUUCCCUCAGGAUCUGCUAGAGAAAGGCUUGGAGGCUAACAACUUUGCCAUGCUAGGUCUGGGCGACAUUGUGAUCCCAGGAAUCUUCAUUGCUUUGCUGCUGCGCUUUGAUAUCAGCCUCAAGAAGAACACACACACAUACUUCUACACCAGCUUUGUGGCUUACAUUUUCGGUCUCGGCCUCACUAUCUUCAUCAUGCACGUCUUUAAACACGCCCAGCCAGCCCUGCUGUACCUGGUCCCGGCCUGCAUCGGCUUCCCCCUCCUCGUGGCUCUGGUGAAGGGAGAAGUGGCAGAGAUGUUCAGCUAUGAGUCUUCUGCCGAAAUCUUGCCCCAUACCCCUCGGCUCACCCAUUUCCCUAGCGUCUCCGGGUCUCCGUCCAGCCUGGCUGACUCCAUGCAGCAGACAUGCUCCUCCUCUUCUUCCCACAGACGCCGGCAGCAAAACCCCAGCGCCAUGUAGCCCUUUGGGGCCAGGCCCUCCCUGCCCACCUGUGUGUCUCUGGCCAGUUACGAGGAGAACGCCACCCCGAAGGAGGCGCCGCCAGAAGCCAAAGAAGGGAAGACGGAGCUGGACAAGAAGGAGAAGUGAUGCUGGAGCGCUCAGCCGGG